CACUUCCUACGAAAAAUUGAGUUUGUCGACUACGGGCUGUGCUUUGAGAAAUUGCCACGAAAGAAGGAGAAGAUCUUACAAGAGGACUUUAUUGAUUCGUAUCUCCGCUUAGUCUCAAUCAAAGAAAGGAAGAUCCUUGAAAGACAAUUUGAAGUGCUUGUACACUUGUCUUGUAGUGACAAGAAGAUGAUGAGUCGAAGCGAAUUUGUUUGGACGCAGCAGCAGCUCAAAUACGUCACCGACAAAGUUGGGACAAUGACCAACGAAGUUUUGAUGACGUGUAGUUUCAGAGUCUUAGAUAGCAAUUACACUGCUUCAAUAGAUAAAACCGACUUAGCGAAGUUCCUUAAAGUCUCUGGGAUGGAAAGUAAGAAGAGUGUCGUGUUAAAAUACAUAGAAGAGUUAGACGAGAAUGGGGACGGGGUAUUACAGUUAGACGAGAUCUUAUCCAUUCUUAAAAUAUUUGUGAAGAAUCGCGUCUACGACACAGACAAGUACAUUCAAAAUUUGAAUGCAAAGACUCGCAGUGAUUUAGUUGAUUGUAAAAAUGUCGAGAAAGUCAAAAUCCCCUCUAAAAACGUUCAAAUUGGUAAGACGCGGAAUUCGGUAUUACGAGUUGAGAAAGAUAUCACCUACGAUAAUUACAUCAACACAUUGAAGACGAUGUUUUUGGACAAAUUCAGUGGGAUAGAAAGUGUUUCCAAGUUCUUGUUUUACGUUGGCGAUGUCAACCAAAAGGGGGUGAUCACUAAAGAACGAUAUGCUCUUAUUGUGUCGUUCUUUAAAGACAACAAUUGUGUUGUACCAACGUCACAUGCGCUCUAUAAAGUAUCAUUCCAAUUGGUUGCUCUCCAUAAUCCACAGGGAAUAGAUGUGAAAGAACUGAUGAAAUUGUGUUCAAAAUUAGAAGUGCCGUUUUCUUCGGAAGAAGAAGCGUUGAAUCGUCUCGUGGAGUACGACGCAAAUAGAAAUGGACUUGUUGAGCUCGACGAGUUCAUAUUAAUGAUGUUUGAAGACGACGAGCCGAAGCUUGACGAUUCCGAGGAGGUCCGACAUGACAAAGAGAUCCGCAAAUAUGUUAAAUCGUUUAGGAAGAGUGAUAUGGAUCGUGAUGGGCAUAUAGAUGAGCCCAGUGUCUUAGACAUGUUUUUCAAGAAGUGGGGGACCAUGAGUGUAAAUAAUCAAAAUGGGAUUCAUAUAGCUUUUCUCCUCUAUGGUAAGACUGGACUGAUUGACGAAAAUGGAUUUGUACAACUUCUUAAGACGAUCAACAGAUGUACAACUUUAAGAACAAAUCAAAUUGAUAUGAACAAAUUGGUGUUAGAAGUGUUCACUGUCUUUGAUGCGAAUCAGAGUGGUAUCGACAUGAUGUCCUUCUUUGAGUUUUUAAAGAAGUUCAAUGUGAAUCUGACGGAAGUCGAAACGAGAAAAGUUUUCAAGGAAUAUAGCGUUAAUGAAGUGCUUACUGCUGAAAGCUUUGCAAACGCUUUCAAUAAAGUUGUUGUAGUAUGA